AUGCUGGAGGAGGACGUUGAUCCGCAGUUUCGCCGAGCGGCGGCCAAGGUGCUCGACAGGUUCGACCCCAAGGACCUCGCCUUGCAGCUUGUGCGCACGGUCAGGAACAGGGACAUGAGCAUCCCUUGGCGCGAGAUCGCGGCUUCGGAGCUGGCCAGGCUGGUCACCAAAGAUGCCGCUGUGGCGCUGGCGCUGGCCGACGAGCACGCCGACGCGUUGCAGGACGCGGCGCAGGAGGAGGAGGUUGGCAAAGUCUUCCGCGACAGCUGCGCCAAGGCUGUGGAUAAGAUCGACGCGGCGCACGCGCAGGCGGCCGACGACGCAGCCAGGCACGGCACAACGCAGCACAGGGCUUCCACUUCUGGUUCAUGA